AUGGAUAUGUCUCGCAUUAUCAAACCUUGGAAGCGCCAGCCGCACAAGACCUACGUAUUCACAAAUGCCACUAUCAUCGACCCCGUCAAGGGCGAAUUGGUUCCCAAUGCGACUGUUCGGAUAUCUGAUGGCAAAAUUGUUCAUCUAGACGUGACCGGCUCGGCUCCUGCGACCGAAGAUAUUCCUGAAGAUAAUAUCAUCGACCUGAGUGGAAAGUAUUUAUGCCCAGGUCUGAUUGAUUGUCAUGUUCAUAUCGCAGUUGUUCCUGGCGAAAUUGAUCUGCGAGCCUACUUGGACAUGUCCGAGCGCAUCAGUCUCCUUCGUCAACCGCAUGUCCUCAAAACUAUGAUCGAGCGUGGUUUUACUUCUAUCAGAGAUUGUGGCGGUGCCAGUUUGGCCAUGAAGGAAGCUGUCGAAGAAGGAGUUCUUCCCGGCCCCCGCCUAUUUAUUGCCGGACGUGCACUUUCGCAGACCGGUGGACAUGGGGAUAUGCGUGGUCCCCAUAGUGAACAACUGUGCUGUGGGGGUUCGCUGUCCGGAAUCAGUCGCAUUGUUGACGGGCCAGCGGAAUGCUAUAGAUAUGCACGAGAUGAGCUUCGUCAGGGAGCAGACUUCAUUAAGAUUAUGGGAGGAGGUGGUGUGGCAAGCCCCACAGAUCGGAUCGAGCACGUUCAAUUUUCCGACGAGGAGAUCAAGGCUAUCGUCACCGUCGCGAAGAAUGCCGGUACAUAUGUGACGAGUCAUAGCUACACACCCCAAGCGAUCAAACAAGCGAUCAACCUUGGUGUCCGAGGAAUCGAGCACGGUAAUCUGAUUGAUCUGGAGACAGCUCAGCUGAUGGCUGAGAAAGGCACGUUCUUGACGCCCACUUUGAUUGCGCAUGUCAUGUCCAAACAGAUGAAUUUCCUACCAGCUGAAAGUGCCGCAAAGAAUGCCGAAGUGCUUGAAAAAGGUCUGCGGGCAAUGAAAAUGGCCGUGGAUGCCGGCGUGACUGUCUGUUUUGGCACUGAUCUUCUUGGCCCCAUGCAUUUUGCUCAGAGCAAAGAGUUCUCCGUUCGCAGCCAGGUUCUUUCUCCUAUUGAGAUCCUGCGUAGUGCUACAAUUAAUGCGGCUCGCCUUGUCAUGCGAGAGGACCAGCUGGGUCAAGUCCAGGAAGGAUUCGCUGCCGACAUGUUGAUUCUCAAUAGUAAUCCCUUGGAGGACAUCACCGUUCUAGACAGGGCCGAACAAAGCAUCGUUAGUGUCAUCAAGGAUGGAAGAGUGGUGACAUCCCGCUGGGAAAAGUUGACAGCGGAAGCUUGA